AUGGGCUGUAUCGCAUCGAAGCCCGCUGAAGCGGAUAUGGAUGCUAGUCAGCGCAAUGCCCGUAUUGACCGAGUCAUCAAAAGUGAUAAGAAAACCAUGGAUCGCACUAUUAAGAUCUUGUUACUGGGUGCGGGAGAAUCGGGCAAAUCGACUAUUAUCAAGCAAAUGCGCAUUAUUCACAGUCGAGGCUUUCCCGAAGAGGAACGUCACCAAACACGAGCUGUCAUCUAUUCCAAUGUUGUCAUUGCCUUCAAGGUUUUGCUAGACAUUAUGAAAGCGGAACACAUAAAGUUUGAGCAUAGUGAGACGAAGGCCAUGGGAGCCUUAUUAGACAAGACUGAGCCCGACGUUGGCUCGGAUGAGGCUUUCUCGGACUUGACAAUCCGAGAUGCCAUGAGGGCCAUGUGGCUUGAUGGAGGCGUUCAGAAGGCUGUAGCUCGUGGGCAUGAAUUUGCGCUGCAUGACAACCUCAGCUAUUUCUAUGAAUCUUUGGACCGGAUUUUCACCCCCGGGUGGCUCCCUGAUAACCAGGAUAUGCUACAAGCUCGACUCCGAACAACAGGUAUCACCGAAACCUUAUUCGAGCUUGGCCAGAUGAACUUCCGGAUGAUGGACGUUGGUGGACAACGUUCAGAGCGGAAAAAGUGGAUUCAUUGCUUUGAAGGAGUUCAGUGCUUGUUGUUCAUGGUUGCUUUAUCUGGAUACGACCAAUGUCUGGUUGAAGACCAGAACGCUAAUCAAAUGCACGAGGCUAUGAUGCUGUUCGAAUCCCUCGUCAAUGGCGAGUGGUUUAAGCGCAAGCCCAUUAUCCUCUUCCUUAACAAGAUUGAUCUUUUCAAAGCAAAACUUGCCAUUUCCGCCAUUUCGAAGCACUUUCCGGAUUACACUGGCUCUGAUACAGACUUUGAAGCUGCUGCCCGGUACUUUGCCGACCGAUUCCGCGGUAUCAAUCGAAUUCCAGACCGUGAGAUCUACAUUCACCAGACUAAUGCCACGGACACCACUCUAUUGAAGGCGACCAUGGACUCGGUCCAGGACAUGAUCAUCCAAAAAAAUCUCCAUACCUUAAUACUAUAA